AGGGAAGGAAGCGUAAUGACAGCAAAACCCAAUUCACACGGUUCCGUUACGCCAUCUACAGUAAGGGCAUCACUGUCAUCAACUACUCUUAUAAUGCGACCACGAAACUCAGUAAGAAAUGAGAUAAUCGCAUUACUAUUUGACGCUAUGGUGAAUACAAUAGUAACAUCUUGGAAAACUAUCGAAAUAAAGGGAGAAAAUGCUACAAGAAUUCCUUUAAGUAACACAUUAAGCGAUAUUGGAGAGAAAAAGAAAACCACACGUAAAAGUUCAAAGACGACAAAGAGUGUAUCCAUAAUGGAUGUUGUGGAUUAUACACUCGACCCAAUGCAACAAGUUUGGUUUUCUCCGCCGGACCAGAGAGCUAUUAUCCAUUUCCACAAUGGUAAUAGGUACGAAGGUGAUAUUUCAAUGAACUAUAUGCACGGUGAAGGUCGCUACCAGUGGACUAAUGGAACAGUUUACUAUGGCAAAUUCCAUUACAAUGAGAUCAAAGGAAAAGGCAAAAUAUGCUGGAAAGAUGACACUUGGUAUGAAGGAGACUUCGUCGGCAAUAUACGGCACGGUAAAGGGUUAUACGUAAACUCUCGUAAACAGUCCUCCUAUAUUGGAGAAUGGGACAAAGGAACUAAACAUGGAAAGGGAACUAUGUAUUACGAUGGAACAUUCAAAAAUAAUUACGAUGGAGAUUGGGUACACAAUGUUCGUCAUGGCUACGGAGCCCGGGAAUACUGCGCAGUUAGCGGAUACGAAGGCGAGUGGGAUAGAUACGUAAGAAAUGGCAAAGGGCUAAUGAUUUGGCCCAAUCACGAUUUUUACGAAGGCGGCUGGAUAUAUGGCCAUAUAUCGGGAUGUGGUACUCACAUAUGGAAUGGAGAAUGCAACAAUACCUUAACGUUGCCGGCUAUAAACGUGUACCGAGGUAAUUUCCAAAAGGGGCAACGACAUGGUGCAGGCAAAAUUAAUUUUGGUUAUAAAUGGGGUGCGUACUACAGAGGAACUUUUAGAAAUAACAAAAAAAAUGGAAUUGGUAAAAUGGUCACCAAUGACGGACUGAUACUUCAAGGCCUAAAAUUAUUCCACGAUGACAUCGCAAUAGAGCCUGAAAAUCUCGAUCAGCCGGAGCUGACGUCUGAUAAUGUUCGAAUGCUAAAACCUUUGCAAUUUGAUAUCUGUAACGAAGGUUAUGGAUUGAGGUACCAUAUUGAGAAAGCUUAUGAGAACUUAGACAGAGAGGCUGAAAUCAAAAUAUCAUUAAUAAAUGACUUCAUACAAAACAAUAAAUAUGUAGGAAUAGAUAAAUCACUAAAGUAUAUGAAAUUAAAACAGGUGAUUACGAUAAAUUCGGAGUAUGACGAAAAUACGCUUACUUUUGAAGAAAUCGCUCUUGGCAACGCAGUCAAGACUUACCAAACGAGUUUGAUUAAAAUUUAUGACAAGUACUCUAAGAUAUGUCAGGAUGAACCGGUUUCCUCUUCGCGACAACUCAUAAGAUUGUUUUUCUGGCAAUUUUACUGGGAUUGUAAUAUACAUAAGAAAGGAUUGACACUUGUUGAAAUUGAUAAAAUACUUUUUUCAAACCCUGCGUGGCUUUUUAAGUCACCACACAAUCCUUUUAAGAAAAUAUUUUUCUGGCAAUUCCUCCAAAGCCUAAUAGCUGUCGCUUCCAAAUUAUACGCCCGCAAAGUAUUGCCAGGCCCAAGGCCCGAUACGAUAGUCGCAACGGCGUUUAGAAAAUUUAUGGAUGAAGACGUGUUGCCAGGAUACCUACGACGGUGUGGACGUUUAUCUUUUGGUUUCGGCUCCUUUAUUCCACUAAAACCUUUAUACGACGUGUACCUUACAUUAGGAGAGCCUCAUACCGUGCGCAAAUUCAUCUGUUCUGUUCGAAGAUUGCCUUGUGACACAGUAUUCUCGCCCGUGAAAAUCUGCGAGGGUCCUGAAGACAUAUGUCUAGGGCACAACGCCUAUAUAUUUACGGAUCAAAUCAGCUAUGUUAUGGACGACAUACCUCUGUUCGAAAAUUAUACAAGGAAUUUCGAUGGACCCAAAUUUGCUGGUUGUAACGAUUUAGUUCUUUUUAAUUUCUCCAAUCUUUCUACGUAUACAUUGGUCAAUAUAUUCGCACAAAUAUUUCCACAAAUACAAUAUAACGAAACAAUUAUAACUUUAAAUGUCGAAAUGACUUUUUUGGAAUUUUUUGAGGCGUUUGUGGCUUGCGCUGAAGAGAGCAUCCGCGUGAAGGAGAAGGAAAAUCUCUGGAGGGCAUUAUUCGAGGAUAAUAAACAAGGGAAGUAUGAUUAUAAUUUUCCACCGGUGCCACCUCCUUCGUACUACCAACUUCGUAAUUCCAUUAAAUAAAUAAAGUGAACGUAUGCUUAAAUUGUUUAGGAUAAAUCACUUUUAAUCCUAUAAUCUUAACACAAGGCCCGAUCUAUAUCUGAAUCUCAUCUACACUGCUAUAUUGUGGAGCUCUUCAAUUAAUCUUAGAGACAAGUGACGACAACCGCACCAACACAGCCAAAAAGUGAACUAACAUUUCUAUAUAUUUUGAUUUAGAUAUAAUUUAUUUUAAUGAUUUAUUUUUACAGUGAAACUGAAACAGGAUUUGUAUUUUGAAAAACUAAUUUUUUGCAGUAACAGUUGAUGCGUGAAGUCGUAAUCAACUUCACGCAUUAUAUACUGCAUGAAAUCGGUUUCUAUUGCAUGCAGUUAAUGCAUGCAAUCGUUA